AUGGUCUACGACUGGGCUGGCAAAAGAGACAUUUGCUACCAGCUCUACAUCCAAGACAAAAAACCUUUGGAGGAGAUUAUGGAGUAUAUGAGAAACGCUUAUCAAUUUGCACCAAGCAAGCGCGCAUAUCAAACUCAAUUCAAGCGAUGGGGAUUUCCAUCCAAACAAAACCCAGCCCACAAAAAUGUCGAGUUGGUUGCCCGGGUCAAAGAGCUUUGGGAACGGAACACGAACCAACGUGAUAUGCUUCGCCUCCUCAACGAUGAAGGCUUCGAGAUCAAGGAACGUGAGUUAAUGCGUGUGCGCGCGAAGAACCGCUGGCUGCUUCGCGUCCCCAAUGGCAUGAAGACAGAAUCCCAUGCCGGAGCCGGAGCCCAACAGCCCGAGGACGAAGGUCUUCUUGCAUUGCAGCAGGAAGUUUACAAGCAGGAUGAAGGCUUUGAUGCCGUCGAUACUCUUCCCCCCGAAUCUGAUCUGUCUGCUGCCCCCGAAGGCCCGACGUCGCCCGCCUUGUCCCCAGAGGUCAUGGCAAAGCGCAAAGAGCGCCUGGAUCACUUGAAAUCAGAGAGUGCCGAGCGUUGGGCUUCCCGAAAGCGUCGACGACGCACUCGCGGGUGGGCUGGACUGCCAGCCGAUCCGCCUGGGCCUCCUCGCUUCCCUUCAGAAACCACGAUCGACGAGAGUAAACAGUAUUUAAACCUGGACAACAAUUUGUAUCGUCAACUCAGAGAUCAUUUCCAAAAGAUAUGCGAGGAAGCGGGUUUCAUCAAGAAAACCAUAGCUGGCCCAGAAAGAUGGCAAGCGGCGAAGGACAAAUUAAUCCAUGAGUCUCCUCAUCUCCAGCAGGUCUUCAAUUCCGAACCCAACCAGCGCGACGCGAAAGCUCUGGCCUUGGACGUUGUCUGUAUGGAUGUCACAAAACGGAUGAGAACGUUAGAGCGGCGAAUGACCAUCGCCGAGGCGAAGAAUGUAUUGGGUGUCAACCCGGAGGAAAGUCGCCAAAUUCGGAAUGCCUUCUAUGGUACUCUCAAAGCAGACCAUUUCACCAGCAAGCUUGAGGCAGGCGACGAACACUGGCAGGAACUCAAAGCACAGUGGAUUCGCAACUCAUCAUUGCUUCAGCGGAUCCUUGAACCAGGAGUAGCCGACCCAGAGCACACAAACCGCUUAAAAGCCCUGGAAGUUCUCUGUCGUGAUGUGAUGAAGCGUCUCCGUGAUGAUCAAACAAAACGAGAUCCUGCUCGCAAGAGAUCUAGGCCACGCGCCGAUUCGCGAAAUGCGACAUCAAAUAGCCCCCAAGUGGGCAACAUUCUUGGCAACGGGAUCAAUAAUGGGAUUAGCACCCUCGCAUCCCAAGCACUUGCAAGCGCCCCGAUCAGCGCCAGCGAAAUUGGUGAUAUGCAGAUUGAUCCCUCUUUGCUACAGGCAGCUAACGAUCCAUCAUCCUUUUCUGCUAAUACACAGCACGGGGCGGGUAACGCUUUUGAGUAUAUGGAUCCAAUGCUACAUACCACAUUACUCCAUAGCCUCAUUUAUCUCCAGAUCAGUCCACACAGCCAGAUACCGGAAAUCUCGACCAAAAAUUGGGCCGAAAAACUAGCAACGCGGUCUGUGGAAGAAAUAAGACAAUUGACCGCCGCGAAGUACCCCUACGCGGUCAUCAGCAAGAUUGAGGGUGUGGAUAAGGAUGAGCACGAGAACGACUCUUAUUUUCCAAUUGAUGAAGACCACGAACUGGAUGACUAUUUGUCGCACGUUCAUGGAAGAAAAGCAUUGCUCCUCUUGACGUUACAGCAAAUGUGA